AGAUAAGCUGGAGACUUUCUGAUCAAGUGACUGUGUCUGGGGCAUAAAGGGGAGUAGACACGGGGUCACUAUGUAGGACACCUUACACAAGUAUAGUCUACCUGUAACCUUUGACAACACAGGUGGACCACUCCUGACUCGCUGGUCUCACCAUUCAACACAAUAGUUUCUCAUGGAAUUAGCUUUUGGAAUCUUCAUUUGUGUAAUAUCCAUAACAGCGGUCCAGACCUACAACUGGACAAGCACUUCGCCAGAGCUCGGCGCCACGUACUACGCAUGUCCGGGGGACACGGUCACCCUUCCCUGGUCUCUGGUCACCACAAGUUCUGAGACUGUCAAUGAUGUAGAAUGGUACUUUGCAGAAGGGGGUGGAAAUAACACGCUCAUUGCCAGCUACAUCCAGGGUGAGCUCCUAUUGUCCCACUCAGAACGACAACACUUGGCGUUCGUCCCUAAUGCGGGGUUAAAGGUCAGCGACAUAGCACCAGAGGACUUUGGACAAUACUCAGUUCGCCUUGUCAUCAACAGCAAUUCAUCUUUUGCCACCAAAGGAGGAUACGUGUUUGUGCGUUUGCCAGAACCUCCUGCAGUCUCAGACCGCUUGCUACGCGCACGAAUAUUACCGAGCGCCGUACAAGAGUCCGGACAGUGGCACGUGCAGCUCUCGUGCGGGCGCUUUAACUCUCGUGGUUCUCUGAAAUUCUCUGUACGGUGGAAAACCCCAUCAGGGCAGGUCUUGAACAGUACCUAUUCAGAAACUCGCGAGGACAUUUUGACUUUGCCCAACCCUGUAGAAGAGGGGAACUACUCCUGCUUCCUGGAUGUCCAGGACCCGACAGCCAAGUGCGCUUUCGUCAGUCCCACGAUGAUGACCAGCAGCAACCUUCACAUCAACAGCUGCUCAGUCCAGCAGGCCUUGUUUAAUCCAGUCCAGCAAGAAAAGGAGGAAAUGGAGUCCGCCUUUAAGUUCCUCAUCAGAGUGCGUGACACAGUCCGUCUUGUCAAUGGCAACCGACCGUGGAAAGGACGAGUGGAAGUCAAGUACAACAGGACCUGGGGAGCAGUUUGUGACACAGAUUUCUCUGCCUUGUCUGCUGCUGUCGUCUGCGGGAUGUUAGGGCUCAGCGGAGACACACCUGCAGUGCACAACCAAUCAUUGUACGGUGGGGGCCCGCUGCCAGUUCUGCUGGACACUGUUGUAUGUACCGGCAAUGAGACCAACAUCUUGGACUGCUCCCACAGUCCCGUGGGUGUCAGCCACUGUGAUGGCGGGGGACAAGUCGGAGUUGACUGUUUGCCAAACAUUUCGUCGAAUUAAACACAAGCUUUCAAAGAAA